AUGAUUAAUAAUUAAAAUUAAUAAGAUUUCAUGUUAUAAACUAUGUAAUAAGCUUAAUUUAUGCAUUAAUAAGCAGAAGAAUCUCAUUCUUCAGAAAAUGAAGAUUUACAAGAUGAAAAAAUGGAUGAUUAUCAAAUGAGAUAAAUUAAAUAUGAAUUCGAAUAAAAAAAUCUAUUACUUUAAUAAUAAAUGGAAGCCUUAUAAAAUUAUAUUGCAGUACAUAGACCAUAAGAAAUUAUAGAUAAAAUUGAAUAAAUAGAACAUAGAAUUCAUAAUCUCAAAAUUCCAGAACCUGUUAAAAUAGAAGAAAGAUUACCAACACCACCACCUGAAAAUUUUAGUUAUAAUGCAGGACCUUUAGAAGAUGAAAUCAGUGAAAUUGCUGAUGAUAUUUACGAUGCUAAAGAUGUUUAAUAAGAAAUACAAGAGGAUGUUACUAAUGAUUCUAAAAGUGAUGAUAAUUAAAAAGAACCCUCUAUUAUUAUAGAUAAUCAAUAAGAAGCUGCCUUUUUAUAAGAAGAAAAAGAAUUUCAUCAUUUAGUUAAAUCAAUUAGAUAGAAGAAAUCUUAAAUCACUAAAGAAUUAAUGGAUCAUUUUAGAAAUAUUUAAUUAGAUAAUGAAUUAGAAAGAAAACUCAAAGAAGUAUUGAAUGUCAACAUGAAUGAAAUACAAUUCAAAAGUGAAGUAACAUUUAUUCAAUUAAUUAUUCUAGAAAGAAUUAAAAGAAUAUUUAACUUCAUUAAAUGGAACUAUUUUAUUAUCUGAUAUUAAAUAAGAUAACAAAAUUAAUGAUCCAGAUUUAGAAGAAAUUAAAAAACAUGAUGGACCUAAUGUUUUAUAAAUUGAUUCUGAUAAUGCAUUCGAUUAAGAAGAAACUGCUACAAAGAAAAACUAAUAAUAAAGAGAUUUUAAAGGAAAAUCUAUUAUUGAAUAAAGAAAUGUUCGAUUUUAAUAACCUAAAUCACCACCAUCAAGUUAAUCAAAUAAUUCAGAAGAAGAAUUUGAUAUUCAUUAAAAAGUUUAAACUAAUGUCAAAGAUUUAAAAUAAAAUAUGACUAAAUCUUUAAAAUAAGAACCAUAAUAUUUAUAGAAGAUUUAAUCAGAAAAUAUUAUCAAAAAUUUUGAAGAAAAAGAUUAAAAUUCAUCCAUAUUACCACUAGAAAAAAAAGUAUCCUCAUCAUAAUCCUAAUAAUAAUAAAGAUAAUAAUAAUAACAAUAACAACCUUAAUAAAAAUAUUAAUAAUAAUAACUUUCAAGUAAAAGAAAAAAUAGUUUUGAAGAUUCAGAAGACUUUCAAACAGAAAAGAUAUAAACUAUCUUUUAAACUAAAAGGCCAGUUUCAUAAAUAUCUCAAUAAAGUAAGUCUUAAGAAUCUGAUAUACCACUUCAUCAAAAUGUUAUAAGAUCAUAAUAAUAAAAAGGUUCAAUUAUAAAAAAGUAGUUAUAUAAUGAUAGUGAAGAUGAAUUUUGA